AUGUUACUGUCAAGGCCGAUUAAUAGUAAAUUCAAAGGGUUCGCCUGUUUAUUAAGACAGUUUCGCUCAUCAUUUAAUUCGCAUUCUCAUUUGGAGAAUGGGAAGUUGGUCAACGUUGUCGUUGUUUCCAACUCGAAUUCUACCCAAAAAUGGCCGAAUACUAAGCUCGGACCAAUAGAUACUAUCAAUCCUAAAUAUCCGUUGCCUGGGUUUGUAGGGAUUCCGUUAGCGAAUGAUGAGAAAUCUUUUGAAAAGAAAUACACACCUGCGGUGCAUACAUUACCUCCAAUAAAAGAAGAGAGCUAUGCUGCAGCUCUUUUGAAUGUUUACAAUGAAAAAGAGUUCAGUGAAUCUCAGCCUUCAAUAAUUCCACCGAUAUCAGAUCAAUUUGAAUGUACCAUACACACUUGUCCAGUGCUAGUUCAGCAAGCUUUAGCUAAUGUAUUUCCAUCGAGAAGACUUUCAUUCAAACCUUUAACAGCAUUAAUUCUAAGUCAUCACACUAGUGAUGAAUCGUUAGAUGGAUGGAGUGAGGAAGAAGCUGCAGAUGAACAUGAACAAUUAGCACGAUCUUUUAUUACUUCAGCAAUAGAAAUAUGCUCAUCAUUAAAAGAAUUAGGCUAUUGGGCAGAUUUUAUUGAUCCGUUCACUGGGAAACCGUAUAUUGGAGCACAUGGUGAAGCUAUACUCAAAGAAACUGAUGAAACAAUGAAACAUUUUGGAUUUGAAUUAGACAAUUCUAUUUGUUGCCAAGUAUUACGUUAUCCAAAAUGGAAGAAUCAUCUAUUUGUUGGAUUGAUAUUUACAGAUGCACCAGAUUAUCAUCCAGAUUAUUUCGGUAUUGAAUAUGAUCAAAAUGUCGAAGGGAUUAAACAUGAAGAAAAUAAACGUAAAGCUUUAUUAUCAGCAUCAGAAAAUAUUAUUGAUGAACAAUACUUUGGUGUGAAUGAUGAUGAUAAUAUUAAGUUACAUUCUGGAACGAAUGUUAAAUCUAAGAAGAAUACAUCUGAAAUAACAGUACUUCAGUCAGAUACAUCUCAUUUAGAUGAUUUAUGUGAGAUUGAUUCACAAUAUUUUGGUUCCACAGGAUCUAAUACAAAUCCAAUGGAAGAUAUCAGCUCAGUAGUUAACAGUACUGUUAAUCCAUUGGUAAUUUCACAGCAGAAAGCUAGGAUUGGUAAAAAGCAUAUUCCUCAUCUUUCUUCUACUAUAACUACUACUAAUACACACACUGAUAUUACUUCGAAAAGUAAUAUAAAUCUAAGAAAACAAGAAAAAUUGGUCCAUGUAACCAAGACUGUUCGUGUUGAUCAUAAUGUACGCCGAAAUAAUAAUAGUGGUUCAUUGAAAUUUAACGAAAAUGAUGAUGAUGGUCAUCAUCACGAUGAUGACGUUGAAUAUGGAUCAGAUGUAGUUAGAAUUAUCCGUCAAAGAACCAAGUUAAAUUUGUACACUGGUACUACCUUAGAUAUACCAUCCAAUAAAUCGAUAUCGAAAUCGAUUCCAGAAAAAUUGGAUAGUCAAGGAUAUCGUGUCCCGGAUGAAGAUCCAUAUAAAUUUGAUUUAUUAACUGAAGAAGAAGCUGCAAUGGUAUUGUAUAAAUCAAUUAUAGAAAUAAGAGAAAAUGUGAUCACUAUGAAUAAACCACGUGGAAUGGCAUCUCAACCUGGAGCUGAUUGUAAACAUAAUAUUGUUGAUUUAUUACCUCGUAUUGAAUCAUUAAUAAGAAAACGAAGUCAUCAUGGAAAAGGUGAAGAAAAAUACAUUGGUGAAUUGUCAACUGUUCAUCGAUUAGACAAAGAUUCCAGUGGAAUUAUACUAAUAGCUAGAAAUAAAGAUUCUGCAUUAAAACUUCAAGAAGCAUUUGCAAGACGUUGGAUUAAAAAAGAUUAUUUAUGUAUUACUGUUGGUAUACCAAGAUCCGAUUAUGGUUACAUUCAAUUACCAUUAGUUGAAAGAAAUUUCAAUGGAAUACGUAAAAUGUGUACUCCUCAACUAAAUCGUCGUUUACAAGAAUUAACUUGUAAACAAACACAAUUAGAUAUAGAUAAUGAAACAAAUGAAUAUGAUGUAACCGAUGCUUUCACUGUACUUUAUGAUAAAAUGCGUACAAAUAAUAAUCAACCAACUACUUGGUAUAAUGUAGUAGAUAAACAAAAUAAUGCUGCAUUAAUACUUUGUUCUACAUUGACUGGU